CCUGCCCCAGCCUGUCCGCGGCCUCCGGAGCUGUGCAGACAACAGCAACUUCGGUCUGAAUCACAGCUGAGCUGCCAAGAGGCUGAGCCCACAAUGGAUGCUCUGCGACAAGCAAAUUCGGCUUUUGCAGUUGACCUGUUCAAACAACUGUGUGAAAAGGAGCCAGCUGGCAACGUCCUCUUCUCUCCAAUCUGUCUCUCCACCUCUCUGUCGCUUGCUCAAGUAGGAGCCAAAGGUGACACAGCAAAUGAAAUUGGACAGGUCUUUCACUUUGAAAAUGUCAAAGAUGUGCCCUUUGGGUUUCAAACAGUAACAUCAGAUGUAAACAAACUUAGCUCCUUCUACUCACUGAAGUUAAUCAAGAGGCUCUACGUAGACAAAUCCCUGAGUCCUUCCACAGAGUUCAUCAGCUCUACAAAGAGACCCUAUGCCAAGGAGCUGGAAACUGUUGACUUCAAAGAUAAGUUGGAAGAAACGAAAGGUCAGAUUAACAACUCCAUCAAGGAUCUUACAGAUGGCCACUUUGAGAACAUUUUAGCUGACAACAGUGUAAACGACCAGACCAAAAUCCUUGUGGUCAAUGCUGCCUACUUUAUUGGAAAGUGGAUGAAGAAAUUUCCUGAAGCAGAAACCAAAGAAUGCCCUUUCCGAGUCAAUAAGACGGACACCAAACCCGUGCAAAUGAUGAAUCUGGAAGCCACGUUUUGUAUGGGUCACAUCGACGGGAUCAACUGUAAGAUCAUUGAGCUUCCCUUUCAAAAUAAACACCUGAGCAUGCUCAUCCUGCUCCCCAAGGAUGUGGAGGACGAGUCCACCGGCUUGGAGCAGGUUGAAAAACAACUCAACUCAGAGACGCUGUCACAAUGGACCAACCCCAGUACCAUGGCCAAUGCCAAAGUCAAACUCUCAAUCCCCAAAUUUAAGGUGGAAAAGGUUGUUGACCCCAAGGAUAGUCUGGAAAACCUAGGGCUGAAAACUGUCUUUAACGAGAAUACUUCUGAUUUCUCUGGAAUGUCAGAGACCAAGGGGGUGGCCCUCUCCAAUGUCAUUCACAGGGUGUGCUUAGAAAUAACUGAGGAUGGUGGAGAGUCCAUAGAGGUGCCGGGAUCCCGGAUCCUACAACAUAAGGAUGAGUUCAAUGCCGACCACCCUUUCAUUUACAUCAUCAGGCACAACAAAACUCGAAACAUCAUUUUCCUUGGCAAGUUUUGUUCUCCUUAAGUGGCAGAGCCCAGGUUAAGACCCACUUGACUUUUCUGUAAACCCCAUCUAGGAAAUCACUUUCUAAAUAUGGUAAAUUGUUAAUCUGUCUUUAUAGGGGCCCUCACACUAACAGACCCUUCUUUUCCAAUCUUCUCUUUAGUCCCCACACCCCUGCCCAUAAAAGCAGUGGUGUAUGCUUUUAAUGAAAGCACCUUCAAGGUGAAAUGUAUGGUCAUUAUUUGUCAAAUAAUCUAGGACUCUAGGCAAGAAUACAGUUUUCCAAAAUGAAAGUUCCUAUAAGGAAGAUCUGGAGGACUUUUGUUCCCAGAGUUAAGUCUUCCUUUACUGGGGCACAAAAUGUUCCAGACUUUCUCACUCCCUGAAAAUUAAAAACAAAAACAAAACUGUGGUAUAGGGAUGCCACAAAACUUUUCUGGCCCCAAUGAAAGCUACUAUAGAGCCACAGUUCCUGUAAGCCCUGUGGGAAAAUGUUUUCUCUAAACCUUGAAUUUUGGGGAGUUCACAAAGAUAAUAUAAGUACUUACUGUACACCUUGGGAUUACUUGAAUAGGGUCUGGAGCACAGUAUAAAAGUCAACUCCUUAAUCUCUUCUGCACGAAAAGUAGCUGGACUUAAAUAGUUUAGGGGGUCAGGCUUUACUAUCAAAUGAAUUUUUCACCAGCUUAUUAUGAAAAAAAGCAUUGUUUAUGGAACUUUUUGAAACCUCGGGAUGUUUGAUAAAAACUGUAAAUCAGUAGUAGCUGAAGUACUCACAUAUGCUUUCUAUGCACUCAUGCACACACAUGUCUGUAAGCAUAUUUAUGUAUGUAGGUAAGCUCAGAACUUAGUAAGAUUCACUUUUUAUCAAACACCCACUCGGUCAUGUGCUUGGAGAUGGCACGGCAUUGAAUUUUCUUGGCAAGGUUUUGGGUGUCUGACACCAGGGACUUGAAAUACAUGGAACUUUCAGUAUCCAAUAAAAGAAUUUUGUGAAUGUUGAA